AUGAGUCCCUGUAUUGCAUGUAAACAACAUAUCAGCCCAACUGAGAGAUUAACCUGCUCCUUGUGUCCUAGCUACUACCAUUACGGAUGCAUCGGUUUAUCAAAGGAAAAUUUCUCUAAAUUGUCGUCAAAAGCCAAGGCGGCUUGGAAGUGUCCUGACUGUAAAAUGCCUCGAGCUAAGGGCGAUAACACCAACACCCCAGUGAAGACAUCAGAGUUAGAUUUGCUGGGUGAGCCCAAGGUCCAGGUCGACUUUUUAACCAUUGACGAACGUCUUAAUCGUUUCGAAGAGGCUUUAUCGAGUAAAAUAAUCAAUUUAGAGUCGUCAUUGGCACAAAAACUUAACAAAGAGUUGACUUCGCUUCAAAGUCUAAUAAAACAAAUACCCGAUCUUAUCAAAACCGUCGAGUUCAUGUCUAAUAAAUUUGACCAGAUGCAAAGUGAAAUCCAAUUAUUGAAAUCGGAAGUCAUAACCCUACGUGCAGACAACACGAAGCUUCAAGAUAAUGUGCGUAAUCUUGACAGUAAAAUGUUGGAAAUUGAGCAGAGGGCACGGGAGUCCAACUUGGAUCUCCAGUGUAUCCCAGAAUUUCCGAAGGAAAACCUUACAAAUACGGCCAUUCAACUUGGAAAAACUAUCUCUUACCCGAUUAUGGAAAACGAUAUUAUAUCGUGUACCCGAAUUGCCAAGGUCAACGCCAGCAGCAGUAGGCCGCGGUCUGUUAUCCUGAAGCUGUCUUCGCCCCGCAAACGGGAUGAGUUUCUCAGUGCAUGCUUAAAAUUCAACAAAUCGAACCCUUUGGAUAAACUUAACAGUUCCCACCUGGGUAUAGCUGCCGAUAAAACCCCUAUCUACGUGUCCGAGCACCUCUCACCAGCUAAUCGCAGUCUACAUGCUAUGGCGCGCAGCUACAAAAAGGAAAAAGGAUAUAAAUAUCUUUGGGUGAGACACGGUCGCGUUAUGAUGAGAAAGAACGAUUCUUCGCCUGCCAUAUGGAUUAAGAAUAGUGACUUUCUUAUGCAAAUUAAGAGUUAG